AUGAAGCUGCAGGUGUUCUGGACGGGGCUGGAAUACACCUGCCGGCUCCUGGGCAUCACCACGGCUGCAGUGCUGAUCGGCGUGGGCACCGAGACCUUCCUCCAGGGGCACUUCAAGAGCCUGGCGUUCUACCUGCUGUUCACAGGAGCCGCCGUCGCCGUGUGCGAAGGGGCCUACUUUGUGGCUCAGCUGCUGGCCAUCUGCUUCCAGUGUCAGCCAGGGUCCCUGGCCGCCAGAGCAAGGGAGAAGGCCCGCUGGCUGGGCUGCUUCCAGAAGUUCCUGGCCUACCUGCUGCUGUCCGUGGCCUGCUUCCUCCACCCCGUGCUGGUCUGGCACGUGACCAUCCCAGGCUCCAUGCUCAUCCUCACUGGCCUGGCCUACUUCCUGCUCAGCAAGCGGAAGAAGAGCAGAGCUGCGCCCGCGGGGCUGGCCGCCCAGGAGCAGUACACGGACCCCUCCAGCAGUGCCAGGAGCACCACCGGCUCCGGGGACACUGAGCAAACCUACACCUUCCACGGAGCCCUCAGGCAGGGGCCCGGCUCCCUCCUCACCCACAUGAGGCGCAUCCUGAAGGGGCCCAGGAAGCCCAGCGCCCCCCAGCGCCCCGAGGCCCUCACCGAGCUGACUCUGGAGCCAGCUGCCUCGCUGGCCACGAAGAAGCAGGUGCACUUUGAAGACAGUGUGGUCAGGAUCAUCCCCGCCCUCGCCGACGGCCUGGACAGCGAGGACAGCGAGCCGGAGCCGGAGGAAGCCAGCUCUGACACCACCCCCAUCAUCCCUCCCCCGCCGGCUCCACACUUCCUGUCUUCUCUCUCGGGCAGCAGCCUCUUCUGA